AUAGGUUGGUUAUUCGCGCAGCCUCAAACACGUGUAGAUCGUAUUGUGUGCAGUUUAUCUGUAUUCCGGUAGGAAAGACACGUUAUUCUGAUGUAAUGCUCCCCCGGUUAUGAACAUUAAUAUAAUGAAGGGUGCAGAUCAUGCCUUGUGGAGUUGCACCUCGGUUCCUGAUCUUGUACGGCUCACAGAGAGGCCAGGCUCAGUCUAUUGCGGAGGAGAUCUCUGAGCAGGCAACUGAGCAUGGAUUCCUAGCUAAGAUCAGCUGUCUGAGUAAAGGAGACAAGUAUAACUUGGACAGAGAACACGGCCCUGUUGUUUUCGUUGUUUCUACAACUGGAGAUGGUGAGCCUCCGGACACAGCACUGAAGUUCGUAAAGAAAAUCAAGAACAAGUCUUUGCCCGGUGAUCACUACUCUCAUCUGCACUAUGCACUGCUAGGGCUGGGAGACACAAAUUAUGCCAAUUUCUGCAACUGUGGAAAGACCAUCGACAAACGUCUGCAGGAACUUGGUGCAAAACAUUUCUAUGCAACGGGUCAUGCUGAUGAUGGCACUGGGCUAGAGGUAGUAGUGGAUCCUUGGAUUGAAGGACUUUGGGAAGCUCUAAAAAAGGCAUUUUCCAGGAUGUCUGACUCAAAUCAGGAGGGUACUGCCCAAGGUGAGGCUACUGAGAAAAGCACUCAACAAGGUGCAGAAAUCCAAGAAAAGCUGGACUCCUCUGCGGUCAGCCUUCAUCUUUUGAAGCUCGGUGAUGUGGAGACUCAAAAGGAAAAGGCAGAAACCUCUGCGUCUGAGAGUGAAACAACAGAACCCUCCGGAGCCCCUCUGGAGCCAGCUUUGAUUCGGUCUGUACCGCCUCUGUCUCAGUCUGCUCUCAACGUCCCUGCGCUGCCGCCGGCGUAUCUAGAGGUGCGUCUGGAAGACGUCCCUGUUGAAGAGGAGAGUGUCCAUGUGCUGAAGGAAGACUUUCGUGAAGUGCCGGUUUCAAGAGCGCUUCAUUUAACCCGAGAUGAUGCAGUGAAAAGUGCCAUAUUAGUGGAGCUGGAUAUCGCAGAUCAGGACAUGCCUUACCAGCCAGGGGAUGCCUUUGAUGUGCUGUGCCCAAACAGAGCCAGUGAAGUGGAGGAGCUGCUCUCCAGACUCGGCGUAGGAGACCAAAGGAACCGUUGUGUUUAUCUCCAGCUGCGCAAAGACACCAAGAAGAAAGGUGCCCAAGUUCCCUCUUACAUCCCACAGAAGUGUACUUUACAGUAUCUUCUCACCUGGUGCUUAGAGAUAAGAAGUGUACCAAAAAAGGCGUUUGUGCGGGCGCUUGUGGAGUGGACGCAGGACAGCAGAGAGAAGAGACGCCUGCAGGAGCUGUGCAGCCGUGAGGGUUCAGCAGAUUACAACAAGUUUGUGCGAGACACUAAUGUUUGCCUGCUGGAUCUGCUUCAAACCUUUAGUUCCUGCUCGCCUCCACUCAGCCUUCUCAUUGAACAUUUACCGAAGCUUCAGCCCAGAGCCUACUCAGCUGCAAGCUCCAGUCUGUGCCACCCUGGAAAAGUUCACUUUGUGUUCAGCGUGGUGGAGUUCCCGGCCUGUGCAGAGCAUCCCGAAAGGACAGGGCUGUGUACAGGUUGGCUAGUACACCAUGUCUCGCCCAUCCUGCAGCCCUGUGGGACGAUCACGGCUGCGAAAAAGACUGCAGACUGUUCAGCUUUACCCAAGGUCUAUGUGAGGUCACGGAUCAGCAACACCUUCCACUUGCCCUCUGACCCCUCUGUGCCUGUAGUGAUGGUGGGUCCUGGUACAGGCGUAGCUCCCUUUAUCGGCUUCCUCCAGCAAAGGGAGAAGGAACGUGAGGAAAGGCAGAACGGCCCUUUUGGAGAAACAUGGCUGUUCUUCGGCUGCAGACACAAAGACAGAGACUUCAUCUUCAGGGAGGAGUUGGAGAGGUUCGUGGAGAACGAGACACUGAGUCAUCUGAAAGUGUGUUUCUCUCGAGAUGAGCAGGACGGAAAUGAUCCUGAGCCUAAACCCAGAUACGUCCAGCAUCAGCUGCUCCUCCACGCCAAAAAUAUUGUUCAUAUCCUACUCAAAGAGAACGGCUAUCUCUACGUCUGCGGGGAUGCUAAGAACAUGGCUAAAGAUGUGAAUGAUACCCUGAUAGAGAUGCUGGGGAAUGAACUUCAGCUGGAUAAACUUGAGUCCAUGAAGAUGGUGGCAAAACUGCGAGAGGAGAAACGCUAUCUGCAGGACAUCUGGAGCUGAUCAGGGAAAACCUACUAAAUUAAACCGUUGUACCAAAACCUUGUAAAGAAAAUUCUAUACACCAUUUAAAAAUACCAGCUGCUCAGUGAAAUAAAUAACUACAAGUUAACAUUUAUUUUAUAUAAUUUUUAAUUUUAUAUUCUUCUCCUCUAAAAUCACUAUUUUUAGAAAUACAAGGUUUUGGAACAAUGACUGUUAUUAGCCUUGGAUAUGGAGAUAUCUGUUUAAGCAAAUGAUUUUGGUCAGGUGCAUUAAUAAAAUUGUACUUAUUUCUGUGCCUUUUAUGCAUUUAAAACAUACACUUAUGCAACAAUUUAGCUUUUUUCUGUGUAUUAAACAGUUUAGCAGAUGUACAUUUUAAACAAACAUCUAAGAGAUUUGCUCACAGAAACUGUCAAAUCUGGAAAUCUGUUUUUGUAUCUAAAGGGUUUUUUAAAUCAUCACUCUUUCAGAUUAAGUUUGAGCUUCUAAUGUCAUUUGUAUUCUCAAGUGUUUUUCAGGUUAGAAAAAGAUUCUGCACUUUAUUGUCUAUCAGAGGUCAUUUCAUCUCCCAUCUGAUUACACAAAUACUGUAUGUGCGCAAACUGUCUUCUUUUAUUCAGACUGGAAAAAAAUAAAGCAUUUAGAAAAAAAAAUGUCCAU